CAAAAACAAAAUAUUUAGAUGUACUGCUGCUUGUAGACGUUUUGAAUAAGUAGUCCGAAACUAGAUUUCCUCUUCAUUUGUAAAACCUACAGAGUUUGUUAGCUUUUAGAAUAUCUCACUUGUGAUUACCAGGCUUUUGAUACAUUAUCUUUUGUUUUUUUAUAUGAUUUACCAGUGUGAUUACUCACUACGCGUAUCCAAGUCUUGAUAAUACACUAUCACCGUGUUUGCAUUCGUUUCAACUCAGUUCAUUAGUAAUUGUUCAACUUGUCAGUUAGAUAUUUGUGUCUUCAAGAGGUUCUGAUUUCGAGAAACAGUCAAGCUUGCAAACAACAGGGAUUUAGCAGUUUUACUACCAGACUAUUCCUUCGUGAUGAAAUGACUGCGAUAGGUAAAUAGAUAGUACGUCUUGUAGACCAAAAAAAUAAUGGAAAAAGAAAUUUUUUGUUUUGAGGUUGAAAUGUUAUAUUUUCCAGACUUUUUCUGAAACUUUUAUAGCAACUUGAUCAACUUGUUUUUAGAAGAUAACGUUUUUAUAGGGAAACUUACGCUCAUUCAAUAAAUAAGUUGGAUAAUUGUCUUUAAUUUACACGGUUGACAAGUGUAUUUAUCCGAAUAAGUUUAUCACUUCGGUGAUAACAGAUCUACAGAAUCAGUUAUCUUAUUUCCAGUAGUUUAUUUUCUUUUUAGAACUUUAUUAAACUGAAAACCUGCCUCCAUCAGUUCAGUUUUUAAAAUUAUACAUAGAUAUCUAGCGAAUAGAUAUUGUUCGGUUUACGUUAAUUUUCACGUUCAGAGUUCUGGUGUUUUAUCCCAUUUGAAAGUAAGAAGGCAUUCUAUCCAACUAUCUAUAAGGCUUUGCGCCAAGAUGCUCUGGUUUUACAACGGUUCUACAGUUGGACUAUGAAUGGAAAUGUCGACUUGGCAUCUGAGGAUAUUUAUUGUGCAAUUACCAGUCUCGCCUCAGCAAUGUAUUACGCAGCUGAUAAGCUGUGAAAUCAGUGAUGAUUUAAACAUAAUUCUGGAUAGUCUCAUAAUACUUGAAGAUACAAAGUGAGGAGUUGUGGUGCAUUUUUCAUAUGAAACCUAAUAAACUAUAUCAAGGCAAGAAUCAAAAAAAGAAAAAAAGAGGAAAAGAAAAAGACAAGCAUUAGUUUAUCUAUAUUGCAGAUAUAUUGGAUGACAGUUUGAGAAUGUAUUAUUUACUCACUAAAUAUGUCUAUCUUUUAAUAUUGACCAAAUAUAACCUAAAGUAGGAGAAGGACAGUUUAUGGUAUGAUUUUACGAGAUUUGUAUCUUGCAGACUGCUACUUUAAAAUGUAUACUGUUAACCAAAAAAUGUAUUAAAAUGUGUUUGUCUGGUAAGACGAUUGAAAAAUGAUUUUUAUAGAUUUACGAUUAAUGUUCGUAGUUCCAGUAUCUUGUAAUCUUGAUAGAACAUGUGCUUAGGAAUGUUUGUCCGUAAAUUACAUUUUUUUGCUUAGAAGUUUGAUUAUAAUGGCUGGUGAUCGAGGAUAUUCAGGUAGCGAUUUUGCCGGAAACAACUUCGAGGAGUAUGAUGACGAGGAGUACUGUGAUAGAGCAGAUGAUGAUGAUGACGAUGAAGAGGAAGAUGAUGAUGAAGAUGAUUAUAAAGAGGAAAAUGCUCGUCAGGAAACGGAAGAACAAGCACGAAUGCUACUUGAAAAAGCCAAGACAUCCAAGGUUGUUUUCGUCGUGCGAACAAAUGUUGCGUUUCAUGGGUCAGUGGUUGAUGAUUGCCCUGUUCCUGGAAUGGCUGUCAGUUUCCAAGUUAAAGAUUUUCUGCAUAUUAAAGAAAAGUUUAAUAAUGAAUGGUGGAUUGGUCGGUUAGUGAAAGAAGGCUGUGAUGUUGGCUUUAUUCCGUCACCAGCGAAAUUGGAGGCUAUGCAAAAUUUCAGUGCUAGAGGUAUGAGCAAAAGUUCUACGGGUAAUUUUGAUAAUUCACGAACUGGGAAUUCAAGGCCAUCAACACCGCCAGCUGAUGGUGCCGACACAAUUAACAGAAGUUAUGAUGAAGACAGUAAUGCUAGACGAGAAACACCAUCCGGUAAAGCGUCCGUUAGUGCAAGAAGUGGUCGUAAGCCAUUUUUUAAGAAAAGUGAUAAUUUGCCUCCAUACGAUGUUGUACCAUCUAUGCGUCCAGUAGUCCUUAUUGGUCCUUCUUUAAAAGGUUAUGAAGUGACUGACAUGAUGCAGAAAGCCUUGUUUGACUUUUUAAAACGACGUUUUGAAGGAAGAAUUAUCAUAACUAGAGUGACUGCUGACAUAUCACUUGCUAAACGAUCCUUACUUAAUAAUCCUACUAGAAGAGCUAUUAUGGAUAAAUCUUCUACAAGAAAUCAAUCAUUAGAGGUUCAACAGGAAAUCGAACGCAUAUUUGAUUUAGCUCGUACACAACAACUUGUUGUACUGGACUGUGAUACAAUCAAUCAUCCAAGUCAAUUAUCUAAGACAUCUCUUGCACCAAUUACAGUUUAUUUAAAAAUAAGUUCAACAAAAGUACUUCAACGUUUGAUUAAAACACGAGGUAAAUCUCAAGCACGAAACAUGAAUGUUCAAAUGGUUGCAGCCGAAAAACUCUUACAAUGCACUAAUGAUCAGUUUGAUGUGAUUUUAGAAGAAAAUCAACUUCCAGAUGCUUGUGAACAUUUAGCUGAAUAUUUAGAAGCAUAUUGGAGAGCCAGUCAUCCAACUGGUAAAGUCACAAAAGCUGAACGUAUCCUUGGAAUUGGGACAGGUGCAAGCUCAAAUCAAUCUACUGAAAACGAGAUGUCACAUGGAACGCAUCGGCGUCAAAGUAAUGCAUUUAAAAAUGACAAAAGAAAAGGCAAAAUUGAUCAAGAUUAUAAUGGAUCUAGAGAUUAUUCAAAUUCCAUUUCUUCACCAAGACGAGGUUCGACUCAAUUCGAAAAUAAUAGACAACGUUAUGUAGAUGAACAAGAAUUACUUUCAGAUGAUGAUUAUCGUUACCAACCACAUAAUGAAAUACGGACCGUCUGGAAUAAUACUGAAAAGAAUAAUUAUUCUCCAUCUCAUGAACCUCGUUUAUCGUCUAAUCAGCAGGCAUUGCAGCAUGACAGACAAAUGAAAGAAUCUAAUCGCAUAAAUCCUACAUCUGUUGGAAUUCAUAACAGAUAUAAUCAUCCUCCACAAUAUGAUACUGAAGAAUCUGAUUCACCUAUGGAGAAUGAUCGCUUUCUUGUAGACUCAGGUUAUCCAAAAACAACUAGAAGUCGUCAAGGUUCAAUCAUGAUUUAAAUAAAACUGUAUUUUAUUUUCUUAGCAUAAUAAUAACAACAACAAUAAUCAUAAAUGAAUAAGUUUACUGAUUAUUUUUACUGUUAUACUAUAACAUUUAGUGUAACAUAAUGUAAAAUUAUACAGCAUAAUAAUACUUUCUACAUGUCAGUAAUAUUUUGUAUCACAUUAGUUUUUCAUUGUUGCUUUUCGUUUUCCUUUUAUUUUGUGAUUUUAUUCAUUGGUAUAGUCUACAUUCCUAAUUAGCUUUUUUGUUAGUUUUUUUUAAAAACCGAGCACAAUAUCUUUACUAUCAUUAAGAAUAUAAUUGAUUUUAUUGAGUAUUUUAUCUCCUUUCAAAUUAUGUCAUGUUCAAGCUUUCAAUAUCAAGUUUAAUUAUAAUAUGAUGUAUAUAUAUAUAUAUAUA